CCUCCCGUUCAAAGUGGUGAAUCGCUAAGAUAUAAAGGUUUCUCUGCCAGGUUUGGACAAGCACAUACUUUGAUCAGUUACUAGGCAAAAACUUAAAAUGGGGUUUGGGACCGGAAAUGAUAAGUACAUGCUGGCAGCAAGUUCAGAAGACGGAAAGAAAAAGCGGAAGGACAUAAAUGAACUUAAGAAAGAAGUAGAUCUGGAUGAUCACAAGUUAACCUUAGAUGAACUGCACCAUAAAUAUGGCACUGACAUUAACAGAGGUUUGUCUGGUUCCCGGGCAAAGGAGAUCCUUGAACGUGAUGGACCCAAUGUACUGACGCCUCCUCCCACCACCCCAGAAUGGGUUAAAUUCUGUAAACAGCUUUUUGGCGGAUUCUGUACACUACUAUGGAUUGGAGCUUUUCUUUGUUUCUUUGCUUUUGCAAUUCAGAUUACUACUAAUAAUGAACCAGAAAAUGAUAAUCUGUACUUAGGUAUUGUGCUGGCCACAGUGGUGUUGAUUACUGGGUGCUUUUCAUACUACCAAGAAGCUAAGAGCUCAAAGAUCAUGGACUCCUUCAAGAAUCUUGUGCCCCAUCAAGCUCUGGUUAUUCGUGAUGGUGAGAGAAAAAGUAUUAACGCUGAAGAGGUUGUUGUUGGCGACUUGGUGGAAAUCAAAGGUGGUGAUAGAAUUCCUGCUGAUCUGCGCAUUAUUGUUGCUUAUGGAUGCAAGGUGGACAAUUCCUCUCUUACUGGAGAAUCUGAGCCGCAAACUCGUACUCCUGAUUUUUCAAAUGAAAACCCUCUAGAGACAAGGAAUAUUGUGUUCUUUUCCACAAAUUGCCUGGAAGGUACAGCCAAAGGUAUUGUCAUCAACACAGGUGAUCACACAGUCAUGGGUCGUAUUGCUAUUCUGGCCUCAAGUCUUGAGGGUGGACAGACACCAAUUGCCAAAGAGAUUGAACACUUUAUCCACAUUAUUACUGGUGUGGCUGUUUUCCUGGGUGUGUCCUUCUUCAUCUUGUCCCUUAUUCUUGGAUAUGGAUGGCUUGAAGCUGUCAUCUUCCUUAUUGGAAUCAUCGUUGCCAAUGUGCCUGAGGGCCUGCUUGCUACAGUUACUGUGUGUUUAACUUUAACUGCCAAGCGUAUGGCAAAGAAGAACUGUCUGGUAAAGAAUCUUGAAGCUGUAGAAACACUUGGAUCCACCUCCACUAUUUGCUCAGACAAGACAGGAACUCUGACGCAGAACCGUAUGACUGUGGCACAUAUGUGGUUUGACAAUCAAAUUCAUGAAGCAGAUACCACAGAGGACCAAAGUGGAACCUCUUUUGACAGAAGCUCUCCCACUUGGGCUGCUCUUGCUCGUGUAGCUGGCCUGUGCAACCGUGCAGUCUUCCUUGGUGAUCAGAGCAAAGUUCCAAUACUUAAGAGAGAUACAGCUGGUGAUGCAUCAGAGUCUGCCCUGUUAAAGUGUAUUGAGCUCUGCUGUGGCUCAGUGAAGGAAAUGAGAGACAAGUAUCCAAAGCUUGCUGAGAUCCCCUUCAACUCCACCAACAAAUACCAGCUUUCAGUCCACAAGAAUCCCAACUCCUCAGAGACUGACCACAUAUUAGUAAUGAAAGGAGCCCCUGAGAGCAUUCUGUACAGAUGCUCAACCAUUAUGAUUCAUGGCAAAGAGCAACCCUUGGAUGAACAGAUGAAAGAUGCUUUCCAACAUGUCUACGUAAAGCUUGGGAGCCUUGGAGAAAGGGUAUUAGGUUUCUGCCAUUUCAGUCUUCCUGAUGAUCAGUUCCCUGAGGGCUUUGCAUUUGACACAGAGGAAGUAAAUUUCCCCACUGAGAAUCUAUGCUUUCUUGGCCUCAUGUCUAUGAUUGAUCCUCCCCGUGCCGCAGUACCUGACGCUGUAGCUAAGUGCAGGAGUGCAGGAAUCAAGGUCAUCAUGGUUACAGGAGAUCAUCCAAUUACAGCAAAAGCUAUUGCUAAGGGUGUGGGUAUCAUCUCUGAAGGCAAUGAGACUGUGGAAGACAUCGCUGCUCGUCAGAACAUCCCUGUUGGAGAUGUCAACCCCAGAGAUGCAAAGGCCUGUGUCGUCCAUGGUGCAGAGUUAAAGGACAUGACACCGGAGCAGCUGGAUGAUGUCUUAAAACACCACACUGAGAUUGUGUUUGCCAGAACUUCUCCUCAGCAAAAACUGAUUAUUGUGGAAGGUUGCCAGAGACAGGGUGCCAUUGUGGCUGUGACUGGUGAUGGUGUUAAUGAUUCUCCUGCUCUGAAGAAGGCUGAUAUUGGUGUAGCAAUGGGUAUCGCUGGGUCUGAUGUCUCCAAACAGGCUGCUGAUAUGAUUCUCCUGGAUGACAACUUUGCAUCUAUUGUCACUGGAGUAGAAGAAGGUCGUCUCAUCUUUGACAACUUGAAGAAAUCAAUUGCUUACACCUUAACCAGUAACAUUCCUGAGAUCACCCCCUUCCUCCUCUUCAUCAUAGCUGGCAUUCCUCUCCCACUUGGCACUGUCACUAUACUUUGUAUUGACUUGGGAACGGACAUGGUGCCUGCAAUUUCACUGGCCUAUGAACAUGCUGAGAGUGACAUCAUGAAAAGACAGCCCAGAAAUCCACAAAAAGACAAGCUAGUGAAUGAAAGGCUAAUUAGUAUGGCUUAUGGUCAGAUUGGAAUGAUGCAAGCAUCUGCAGGUUUCUUCACUUAUUUUGUAGUCCUUGCUGAGAAUGGAUUCCUGCCCUCAUUCCUGAUAGGAUUGCGUAUUGACUGGGAUGAUAAAUAUUUGAAUGACUUGGAGGACAGCUUUGGCCAACAGUGGACUUAUGAGAGCAGAAAAAUUAUAGAGUACACAUGCCAGACAGCAUUCUUUAUCAGCAUUGUGAUAGUGCAGUGGGCUGAUUUGAUCAUCUGUAAAACAAGGAUGAAUUCCAUUUUACAACAAAAAAUGAAGAAUAAAAUCCUUAUCUUUGGGCUUUUGGAGGAGACAGCUUUGGCUUCUUUUCUGUCAUAUUGUCCAGGCAUGGAUAUUGCACUUAGAAUGUAUCCACUGAAACCAUCAUGGUGGUUAUGUGCCUUACCUUAUGCCUUCAUCAUCUUUAUAUAUGAUGAGGCUAGAAGAUACAUCCUUAGACGGAACCCUGGAGGUUGGGUGGAAAAGGAAACAUAUUACUAAAUAAUGAAGAUUUGUUUACUUCCACUUCCAUGGACACACCUUAAGCAAUCCAUAAUAAGUAUGCAUAUGGUGGAUUUCAUUUUUAAUUGCAGUAAAAUAAUUAUUAAAACAAUGUAAAUUCAUUAUUUAAGGUAUGAAAUAACUGUAAGUAAUGAUAUUCAACAGACCAAUAAAGUCAAGUAAUGCAA